AUGAGCGCAAAGAUCGUCUUCUUCGAGGGGAGGAACUUCCAGGGCCGCUCGUACGAGUGCGUCGGCGACUGCGCCGAGAUCGCCUCCCACCUGCGCCGCUGCAGCUCCUGCCGGGUGGAGAGCGGCACCUUCAUGGUGUACGAGGGGCCCGACUACGCCGGCCAGCAGCACCUCCUCACCCGGGGGGAGUACCCCGAGUAUCAGACCACCAUCGGCUUCGCCGACUGCGUCCGCUCCUGCCGCCACGUCCCCGCGCACAAAGGACCCUUCAAGAUGAGGAUCUACGAGGGGGCGGACUUUGAGGGGCAGAUGAAGGAGCUGACGGAGGACUGCGGCUCCAUCCAGGACCGCCACCACAUGUCCGACAUGCAGUCCUGCCACGUGAUGGAGGGCCACUGGCUGACGUUCGAGCAGCCCAACUACGAGGGCCGCAUGUUCUACCUGAAGCCCGGGAAGUACAGGGACCUGACGGAGAUGAGCGACGACGACGUGAGGCUCAGCUCCGUCAGGCGCAUCACAGAAUCGUAG